AUGCUCAGGUCCUGGCUGCUGUUCCUCUGCUGCGGGGGUGCGCUGCUCAGCGCCGGUCUAGACGACAGCUCCUUGGUGCCCCCAGGCCUCCAGAGGCUGAAAGACUCCCCGCAGACAGCUGUAGACAGGGGUUGGUGUUCCACGUGGGGGGCCGGCCACUUCUCCACCUUCGACGGCCACGUGUACGAUUUCUUGGGGACCUGCAACUACAUCUUCGCGGCCAUGUGCAAGGACGCCUCGUCCACCUUCAGCGUGCAGCUACGGCGAGGGCCGAGUGGGAACAUCUCCCGGGUCAUCGUGGAGCUGGGGGCCUCUGUGGUCGCUGUGCAGAAGGCGGUCAUCUCCGUCAAGGAUGUGGGGGUCGUCAGCCUGCCCUACACCGGCAACGGGCUCCAGAUCACACCCUUCGGCCAGAGCGUGCGGCUGGCAGCCAAGCAGCUGGAGCUGGAGCUGGUGGUCAUGUGGGGUCCGGGCUCCCACCUCAUGGUCCUGGUGGAGAAGAAGCACAUGGGCAAGAUGUGUGGGCUAUGUGGGAACUUCGAUGGCGAGAAGACCAAUGAGUUUCUGAGCGAGGAUGGCCAACUCCUGGAACCCCCUAAGUACGCCGCCCUCCAGAAGCUGGAUGACCCCAACGAGAUCUGUGCCUAUGAGGCCAUCCCCAGCCCCCGGGUCCCGCAGGCAGCGAACGCCCAGGCCUGCAUCCAGCUGCUGACCCUGGUGUCCCCCGAGUGCAACGUGUCCAAGGAGCCCUUCCUGCUGAGCUGCCAGGCGGACAUGGCCGCGUGUGCCCAGCCCAGCCGGCACCACUGCAGCUGUGCCACGCUAUCCGAGUACUCGCGCCAGUGCAGCAUGGCCGGCCAGCCCGUCAACAACUGGCGGGGCCCUGGCCUCUGUUCCGUGGGCCAGUGCCCAGCCAACCAGGUGUACCGGGAAUGCGGCGAGACCUGCGUGCGGACCUGCUCCAACCCGCAGCAUGGCUGCUCCAGCUCCUGCACCUUUGGCUGUUUUUGCCCGGAAGGUAUGGUUCUGGACGACAUCUCCAAAAACCACAGCUGCGUGCCUGUCCCCCAGUGCCCCUGCAUGCUCAGCGGGGUGGUCUACGCUCCUGGGGAGGUCACGACAGCCGCCUGCCACACCUGCCGGUGCUCUGGGGGCCACUGGGAGUGCGUGCAGCGGCCCUGCCCCAGGCGCUGUGCCCUGGAGGGGGGCUCCUUCGUCACCACAUUCGACGCCAGGCCCUACCGCUUCCACGGCACCUGCACCUACAUCCUCCUCCAGAGCCGCCAGCUCCCCGACGGCGGCUCGCUCAUGGCCGUGUACGACAAGUCUGGGUACUCGCACUCGGAGACAUCCCUGGUCGCUGUCAUCUACGUGUCCAGCCAGGACAAAAUCAUGAUUUCUCAGGACGAAGUGAUCACCAACAACGGGGACACCAAGUGGCUGCCGUACAAGACCCGCAACAUCACGGUCUUCAGGCAGACAUCCACCCACCUCCAGAUGGUCACCACCUUCGGGCUGGAGCUCGUGAUCCAGCUGUGGCCCGUGUUCCAGGUGUACAUCACUGUCGGGCCCCAGUUCAGAGGCCAGACCAGAGGGCUCUGCGGCAACUUCAACGGGGACACGACGGACGACUUCACGACCAGCAUGGGCAUCGCCGAGGGUACCGCCUCGCUCUUCGUGGACUCCUGGCGGGCAGGGAACUGCCCAGCCGCGCUCGAGCGUGAGACCGACCCCUGCUCCAUGAGCCAGCUCAACAAGGUGUGUGCGGAGACCCACUGCGCGGUGCUGGUGAAGAAGGGCACAGUGUUCGAGAAGUGCCAUGCCGCCGUGGACCCCAAGCCCUUCUACAAGAGGUGCGUGUACCAGGCCUGCAACUACGAGGAGACCUUCCCGCACAUAUGCGCCGCCCUGGGCGACUACGCCCUUGCGUGCACCUCGCGGGGCGUCCUGCUCCAGGGCUGGAGGGGCAGCGUGGACAACUGCAGCACCCCUUGCACAGGCAACCAGACGUUCAGCUACGACAGCCAGGCCUGUGACCGCACGUGCCUGUCGCUGUCCGACCGCGAGGUCGAGUGCCACCCCAGCGCCGUGCCCGUAGACGGCUGCAACUGCCCCGAGGGCACCUACCUGAACCACAAGACUGAGUGUGUGCGUAAGGCCCAGUGUCCCUGCCUCCUGGACAGCUCCAAGUUCAUCCUGGCCAACCAGUCCACCAUGGUCAAUGGCGUCAUCUGCUACUGCAUCAACGGGCGGCUGAGCUGCCCGGCACAGCCUCAGAUGCUCUUGGCAACCUGCUCAGCCCCCAAGACGUUCCAGUCCUGCAGCCAGUCCUCGGAGAACAAGUUCGGGGCCGCCUGCGCUCCCACCUGUCAGAUGCUGGCCACCGGCACCCCCUGUGUGCCCACCAAGUGUGAGCCUGGCUGUGUCUGUGCCAAGGGGCUCUACGAGAAUGCCAGAGGGCAGUGCGUGCCCCCCGAGGAGUGCCCGUGUGAGUUUGCAGGCGUCUCCUAUCCCCAGGGCGCCGAGCUCCACACGGACUGCAAGAGCUGCACCUGCUCUAGGGGGACGUGGGCGUGCCAGCACAGUGCUCGCUGCCCAUCCACCUGCACCCUCUACGGGGAGGGCCACGUGGUCACCUUCGAUGGGCAGCGCUUCGUGUUUGACGGCAACUGCGAGUACAUCCUGGCCACAGACAGCUGCGGUGCCAGUGACUCACAGCCCACCUUCAAGAUCCUUACAGAGAAUGUCGUGUGUGGGAAGUCGGGCGUCACCUGCUCGCGGUCCAUCAAGAUCUUCCUGGGGGGCCUGUCCAUCACGCUGGCGGACAGAAACUACACGGUCAGCGGGGAGGACCCCGGCAUGCACUUCCAGGUCAAGGCCAGCUCCCUGCACCUGGUGCUGGAUGCCACCAUCAGCAGCACGUACAACCUGACCCUCAUCUGGAACAAGCACAUGACCGUCUUCAUCAAGAUCGCCCGUGCCUCCCAGGACGCCCUCUGCGGCCUGUGCGGCAACUACAACGGGAACAUGAAGGACGACUUCCAGACACGCAGCGGGUACUUGGCAUCCAGCGAGCUAGACUUCGUGAACUCCUGGAAGGAGAGCCCACUGUGCGGGGACACCACCUUCACACUGGACCCCUGCAGCCUCAACACCUUCCGCCGCUCCUGGGCUGAGCGCAAGUGCAGCAUCAUCAACAGCCAGACCUUCGCUGCCUGCCACAGCCAGGUGUACCGCCUGCCUUACUAUGAGGCCUGCGUGCGCGACGCGUGCGGCUGUGACACCGGCGGGGACUGCGAGUGCCUGUGUGACGCCGUGGCCGCCUACGCCAAGGCCUGCGUGGACAAGGGCGUGUGCGUGGACUGGCGCUCCCCAGACUUCUGUCCCAUCUACUGCGACUUCUACAACACCCACACGCAGGUGGGCGGCGGCAAGUACCAGUACGCCCAGGAGGCCAACUGUACGUGGCACUACCAGCCGUGCCUCUGCCCUGCGGGGCCGCAGAGCGUCCCGGGCACCAACAUCGAAGGCUGCUACAACUGCUCCCAGGACGAAUACUACGACCACGACAAGGGGAUGUGCUUGCCAUGCAGUAGCUUGCCUGCCACGGAAACCAGGCCCACCACAGCCACAGCCAGCACCACAGUGACCCCCAUCACCACCGGGCUGAGCUCCACCAGACCCUCGCCAAGCUGCCCGGCCACACCUGAGGCCCCGACCCGGACACCCAGCCUUCCGGCCAUGCCAACGGCCACAGCCACAGCCCCCGUCACCCAGACACAACCAACAGUCCCCUCAGGACAUAAGGCCCCCGGGCCAGGGCCCCAGGGUGGAUUCGCCUCAAACCACCUCCACCGUCACCACACGGGCCACAUCGGCACCAGCCACCACGGCACCCACCGUGACCCGGGCCACAACGCAGCCCACAGGAUCCUCCCGCGGCACAGCCACGCGGUCCACAGCUCGGUCCACGGCACGAACCACAGCAGCCCUGCCAACCCUGGCAACAUCAGGGACCUCCACAGUGUCCCCCGCAAGUCCGCCCACGGGAACACCUUUCUGGACCACCACCACCUACCCCACACCAUCACACCCAGAGACCCUUCCAACCCACGUGUUAACAUCUGCCACCUCCUCGGUAGCUCCAACCUCUCACCGAGUCAUCACCCCAACAGAGUCCCAUGCUACCUCCUCGACCCCAAAGCCAACUGGCACCCCACCGAUAUCAACACACAUCCCUGUCACAGAAACAGAGUUUACAACCACAGCCCCACCACUGACAAAGACCACAACAGGGACCGCCAGACCCACAGCCAUGCCACUGACAAAGACCACAACAGAGACUGCCACACUGACAGCCACGCCACUGACAAAGACCACAACAGGGACUACCAUACCCACAGCCACGCCACUGACAGAGACCACAACAGGGACCACCACACCCACAGCCACACCACUGACAAAGACCAAAACAGAGACCGUCACACCCACAGCCACGCCACUGACAAAGACCACAACAGACACCACCACACUGACAGCCACGCCACUGACAAAGACCACAACAGGAACCACCACACCGAGAACCCCGCCACUGACAAAGACCACAACAGACACUGCCACACUGACAGCCACGCCACUGACAAAGACCACAACAGGGACCACCACACCCACAGCCACACCACUGACAAAGACCACAACAGGGACCACCACACUGACAGCCACACCACUGACAAAGACCACAACAGAGACCGUCACACCCACAGCCACACCACUGACAAAGACCACAACAGAGACCGCCACACCCACAGCCACACCACUGACAAAGACCACAACAGACACCACCACACUGACAGCCACGCCACUGACAAAGACCACAACAGACACCACCACACUGACAGCCACGCCACUGACAAAGACCACAACAGGAACCACCACACCCAGAACCCCGCCACUGACAAAGACCACAACAGACACUGCCACACUGACAGCCACGCCACUGACAAAGACCACAACAGGGACUACCAUACCCACAGCCACGCCACUGACAAAGACCACAACAGGAACCACCACACCCAGAACCCCGCCACUGACAAAGACCACAACAGACACUGCCACACUGACAGCCACGCCACUGACAAAGACCACAACAGGGACUACCAUAUCCACAGCCACGCCACUGACAAAGACCACAACAGGAACCACCACACCCAGAACCCCGCCACUGACAAAGACCACAACAGACACCGCCACACCCACAGCCACGCCACUGACAAAGACCACAACAGGAACCACCACACCCACAGCCACGCCACUGACAAAGACCACAACAGACACUGCCACACUGACAGCCACGCCACUGACAAAGACCACAACAGGGACCACCACACCCACAGCCACGCCACUGACAAAGACCACAACAGGAACCACCACACCCAGAACCCCGCCACUGACAAAGACCACAACAGACACCACCACACUGACAGCCACGCCACUGACAAAGACCACAACAGGGACCACCACACCCACAGCCACACCACUGACAAAGACCACAACAGGAACCACCACACCCAGAACCCCGCCACUGACAAAGACCACAACAGACACCACCACACUGACAGCCACGCCAUUGACAAAGACCACAACAGAGACCGUCACACCCACAGCCACGCCACUGACAAAGACCACAACAGACACCACCACACUGACAGCCACGCCACUGACAAAGACCACAACAGGAACCACCACACCCAGAACCCCGCAACUGACAAAGACCACAACAGACACUGCCACACUGACAGCCACGCCACUGACAAAGACCACAACAGGGACUACCAUACCCACAGCCACGCCACUGACAAAGACCACAACAGGGACCACCACACCCACAGCCACACCACUGACAAAGACCACAACGGACACCACCACACUGACAGCCACGCCACUGACAAAGACCACAACAGGGACCGCCAUACCCACAGCCACGCCACUGACAAAGACCACAACAGGGACCACCACACCCACAGCCACCGCACUGACAAAGACCACAACAGGGACUGCCAUACCCACAGCCACGCCACUGACAAAGACCACAACAGAGACCACCACACCCACAGCCACCGCACUGACAAAGACCACAACAGACACCACCACACUGACAGCCACGCCACUGACAAAAACCACAACAGGAACCACCACACCCAGAACCCCGCCACUGACAAAGACCACAACAGACACUGCCACACUGACAGCCACGCCACUGACAAAGACCACAACAGGGACCACCACACCCACAGCCACACCACUGACAAAGACCACAACAGACACUGCCACACUGACAGCCACGCCACCGACAAAGACCACAACAGGGACUGCCAUACCCACAGCCACGCCACUGACAAAGACCACAACAGACACCACCACACUGACAGCCACGUCACUGACAAAGACCACAACAGACACCACCACACUGACAGCCACGCCACUGACAAAGACCACAACAGGGACCGUCACACCCACAGCCACGCCACUGACAAAGACCACAACAGAGACCGCCACACCCACAGCCACGCCACCGACAAAGACCACAACAGGGACCGUCACACCCACAGCCACGCCACUGACAAAGACCACAACAGGGACCGUCACACCCACAGCCACGCCACUGACAAAGACCACAACAGAGACCGCCACACCCACAGCCAUGCCACCGACAAAGACCACAACAGGGACCAUCACACCCACAGCCACGCCACUGACAAAGACCACAACAGGGACUGCCACACCCACAGCCCCACCACUGACAAAGACCACAACAGAGACUGCCACACCCAGAACCCCACCACUGACAAAGACCACAACAGGGACCACCACACCCAGAACCCCACCACUGACAAAGACCACAACAGGGACCACCACACCCAGAACCCCACCACUGACAAAGACCACAACAGGGACCACCAGACCCAGAACCCCACCACUGACAAGGACCACAACAGGGACCACCACACCCACAGCCACGCCACUGACAAAGACCACAACAGACACUGCCACACUGACAGCCACGCCACUGACAAAGACCACAACAGGGACCGUCACACCCACAGCCACGCCACUGACAAAGACCACAACAGAGACCGCCACACCCACAGCCACGCCACCGACAAAGACCACAACAGGGACUGCCACACCCACAGCCACGCCACUGACAAAGACCACAACAGGGACUGCCACACCCACAGCCCCACCACUGACAAAGACCACAACAGAGACUGCCACACCCAGAACCCCACCACUGACAAAGACCACAACAGGGACCACCACACCCAGAACCCCACCACUGACAAAGACCACAACAGGGACCACCAGACCCAGAACCUCACCACUGACAAGGACCACAACAGGGACCACCACACCCACAGCCACGCCACUGACAAAGACCACAACAGGGACCGCCACACCCACAGCCACGCCACCGACAAAGACCACAACAGGGACCGUCACACCCACAGCCAUACCACAACAGAGACCUCCACACCCACAGCCCCGACACUGACAAAGACCACAACAGGAACCACACGAACCAAGAACUCGGUCAGCACAGCCGCAACCUCCACGGCCCUGGUAUCACACUCUACUUCAAAUGCCCUCCAUGUAACCACGUCCCCACCAUUCACCACCAUCUCCCUUAAAUCCACCAGUAGAGGCACAGGGACACCUGUGACACACACCGCCACGGCCACCCAAACUGGGCCACAUACCCCUUUCACCACUCACUCCACCACCAUCCUUUCUAUCCCCACCACCUCCCACACAACACCUCCACCCACGAGAACACCUUUCCAGACCACUACCACCUACUCUAUCACAUCACACCCAGAGACCCUUCCCAUUCAUGUGUCAACAUCUGCCACUUCCUCGGUGACUCCAAUCUCUCACCAAGUCAUCACCGCAACAAGGUCCCACACUACCUCCACCACCCCAAAGCCACCUGGCACCCAACCCACAUCAACGCAUGUCCCUGUCACAGAAACGGAGCUUACAUCCACAGUCCCGCCACUGACAAAGACCACAACAAGGACCACCCAAGCCCAGAACUCAGUCAGCACAGCACUACCACAAAGCUCUAGCUUUCGCUCUACAUUAUCUUCUCCAACUCCUCUAAACCCAAGCCAGAGUCCUUUCACCACUUCUGUUUCUUACCAUAGUCCUGUCUACAUCCCGGACCACAGCCAGCAACCCCACCUCCUCAGCUCUGUCCUCUCGGUCCACUACCUCACAGUCCACCACCUCUCUCACGACCCGAGCCCCCACGCAGGGCCUCCUGUCUUCUACCCUGGGAGUGACAGCCAUCCCGAAUUCUCCAGCCACCAACCUCACCACCAGACAGCCAAGCACCACCAGGCUGCCGGCCACCGUAUUCCUGACCAGCUCCAUCACUGCGCAUGGAAGCUCCUCCUUUCCCACUGCCAGGUCCUUUUCCACCAGGGGCCCAUCCAUCUCCUCUCUCGUUACAUCUCUACCCAGCUCUUCAGAAAGCAGGCACGUGCCUUUCCCCAGGUGAUCGUCGGGGCCCGAGCUGGGACUAGCGGCCAGGGCACCUGCACUCCAGGGUUGGGGCCCACCCAGGUCUCAGUGCUGCAGGUGCCUCCAGUUCUGCUCUACCUUCCUGCCCCAGGCCUGCCUAAGCCCACCCCGUCCUCCAGGGACACCCCCUCCCCUGCACGGCACCCAUCCCCUGGAGCGGGCUCCCCUCUCACACCCCCAGCCUUCCCCCAGCAGGACUGUCCACCACUGCAGGACGGGACCUGCAGCGUGAGGGAGUUUGAGGAAGAGGUCACUUACCAGGGGUGCACGGCCAAUGUGACGGUGACCCGCUGCGAGGGCGUCUGCGCCUCCUCAGCCAGCUUCAACACUGACACCAUGCAAGUGGACACCAACUGCAGUUGCUGCCACCCUCUCAGCUCCCAGGAGAAGCGGCUCGUGCUGCCCUGCCCGGACCCCAGGGUGAGGGGACAGUGGCUGAUGCUCACACUACAAGUAUUCAGCAGCUGCACGUGCCGCUCCCAGCGCUGCGGAGACUAG